AUGCGCACUUUGCAUCAGCUAUCGGAUGACGAAAGGAUGCACUAUCCAAAAGCGUGUCGAGCCAUUAAAGAAGACUUUUAUGUGGAUGAUGUCCUAACAGGCGGAGAUACAAUCAAGGAAGCGCAAACCUUACAGCAAGACCUUAUCAAAGUGCUACAAAAGAGAGGGUUUAAAUUAAGGAAAUGGGCAGCAAAUCACGAUAGUCUGUUGGAGUCAAUUCCUGUUUCCGAUAGAGAAGCGAACCUACCGUUAAGCAUCAACAAGGAAGAUCACAUCAAGACGCUAGGACUACGAUGGCAUCUAGCAAGGGAUUGCUUCUUCUUCAAGGUUACCUUAGAGGAGAUCUCAGGUACUGUGUUCACGAAACGACAAUUGCUUUCUGAGGUAGCCAAAUUAUUCGAUCCAAUGGGAUGGUUGCAGCCGUGUAUUGUCGUAGGCAAAAUAAUGAUGCAACAGUUGUGGUUACAACACAGAACCUGGGAUGAACCAAUCACAGAAGAACUUGAUGCGAAAUGGAGAAAAUUCCGUUCACAGUUGCCGGUUCUCCAGGAAAUUACUAUUCCAAGGUGGCUACACUGUAGUGAUACUGUAAAUAUUCAAGUCCAUGGAUUUUGUGACGCCUCAGAAGCAGCAUAUGCCGCAGUCAUCUAUGUACGCAUUGAGGAACGUGACGGUUCCACAACUGUUCAACUCAUAACGUCGAAGUCCAAAGUCGCACCGUUAAAAGUCCAAUCGAUUCCACGGUUGGAGCUAUGCAGCGCUGCGCUCUUGUGCGACCUGAUGUCAACUACGUUAGAAGCCCAUGGUUGGAAGGAUGUCAUUCCCUAUUAUUGGACAGAUUCGAUGAUCGUACUACAAUGGCUCCAAAGUCCAGCAGCUAAAUGGAAAGUGUUUAUCGCCAAUAGAUGGUGGAACGGCCCGGACUGGUUAAAGGAACAUCAAGACAAAUGGCCGAAAUCCAGAUUCAUAUGCAACAAAGCAGUCACCAAUUUAGAAGUACGACAAAAGGCAGCAUGUUUCACAACUAUUAAGGCAGAAGAAAAGGAGAAUUUAACGCAACAAUUCUCAUCAUUUACGAAACUCUCAGAUGAGCUCCGACAAACGCAAACCGCUCUCAUUAGGAUGAUUCAGCGAGAGGCAUUUGCAGACGAUAUCAGUCUACCCAACACUAACAAACCCUUGGCCAAGACUAGUUCGCUGAUUAGGUUAACACCGUUCCUCGAUUCAGACCAGAUCUUGCGGGUUGGUGGAAGGAUACAGCAGAGUGCUGCAAAUUUCGAUACAAAACACCCUAUACUACUACCCCGAGGACAUAUGGCUAAUCUGGUCAUAAAACAUUACCAUCAUCAAAUGCUGCAUGGUCCCGCUCAGCUAGUACACUCGACGAUUCGUACGAAGUACUGGAUCAUUGACGGGCUCACGGCCGUGAAACAAUUCGGGAGGAAAUGUACCCAUUGUUUCAGAAUGAACGGCAAACCGAGUCAACAACUGAUGGGAAUACUGCCUCAAGAACGAGUACGGCCAGGAAAACCUUUUGCUCGGAUAGGAAUUGAUUACGCUGGGCCAAUCACAAUUAAAUGGAGUAACGGUAGAGGGACCAAGACCACCCAAGCAUACAUAGUUGUGUUUGUAUGUCAAUCUACAAAGGCUGUACAUCUUGAGCUCGCUAGCGAUCUAACAGCGAAAACAUACAUCAUCUUCAUCCAUACGGAUUAA